AUGGCCUACGUCACCAGCCAUCCCAGCUCCAUGCCCACGUAUUCCCUCUACCAUAAUCCUUUCCACAAAACCACACCAACGGAGUCCCUGAAGAGGUCCGCCAUCGUAUCCGAGAUUGAGCUUCCCCUGGAAGAUGAUAUAUCAGCAAUCCCUCGGACUCUCUCUGUUUCGUCAGAGCUGGAUAAGCUCGCCCCUACCCCUGGACCAAUUGAAACCACCAUAAGAAAUUUCGACAACAAUAACAAUAACAUCAUAAGCCCCGACUACUAUCUUGCUCCCGUCCAAGACAAUGACGACCGGGGGCAGGACCAGGACCGAAGGCAGGAGCAACCCACCCUCCUAACUUCCUUCAACGAACAAACUACCUCCCUGCUUCACGCAUACUCCCAGUCACAAGCAGAAGCACAAGCACAAGCACAAGCACAAGCACAAGCACAAGCACAAGCACAAGCACAAAGCGAAGACGGAGACACCGACGGGAUGCUGGAACAAGCGCUUGUAUUAGGACAUAUAUCUCUGGUCCUAGCAUGUUCGCUUUACCCAGGGGCAUCUUCCAUGUCACAGACACAAGUCGAGGCACAAACUACAAGAGAGAGUCAUACCCUGGGAGCUCAGGCUCGGGUAGUUGCGGCACUAACCAACAUGGGAAUGGCACUGGUGAGGCAGUUCGAUCGAACGGAAGAUAGGAGAAAUUUGGAAGAGGCCGGGGGUCUUUAUGCGAUGGCGGUUACAUUGGAUAUUGGAAGGGAGUUGAAGAGAAUUGGAAAGGAGGAGAGGGUUGGAAAUGGACAGAGAGAGAGACGAAAGGUGUCGGGGUGGGACAGACAGGAGGGAAGGCGUGAUGGCGAGGGUGGAAAUAAACAUGGAGACGGGAAUGCUGGUCAGCAUGAGGAUGGGUGCAGUGAGGUCUUGGUGCGAUUGGAAAAGCUGGGAGAGUUGUUGGGUGAGCGAGGGUUUGGGAAGUAG